ACUUCUUCAAACAAAAGACAGCCAGUUACUAACUUCUGGUUGCUAGGUGUGGCCUCGGUUCACAUCCUAUAAAAUCAGGAGUUCAACCCUUCCUGUCCAGACUGAAAGCCUCUGAGCAGAGCCUCUCUUCAGCUCCUGGGAAGACAAGAAAAUAAAAGAUACUCCUUUUAAAAUGGCGAUGGUAUCAGAAUUCCUCAAGCAGGCCUGUUUUAUUGAGCAGCAAGAACAGGACUAUUUGCAAGCUGCAAAGUCAUACAAAGGUGGUCCUGGCUCAGCUGUGAGUCCCUAUCCUUCCUUCAACCCCUCAGCGGACGUUGCUGCCUUGCACAAAGCCAUCAUGGUGAAAGGAGUCGAUGAAGCGACCAUCAUUGACAUUCUCACCAAGAGAACCAAUGCUCAGCGCCAGCAGAUCAAGGCAGCAUAUUUGCAGGAGACUGGAAAGGCCCUGGAUGAAACAUUGAGAAAAGCCCUUAAAGGCCACCUGGAGGAGGUUGUCUUGGCUCUGCUAAAAACUCCAGCCCAGUUUGAUGCAGAAGAACUGCGUGCUGCCAUGAAGGGACUUGGAACAGAUGAGGACACUCUCAUUGAGAUUUUGGCAACAAGAAAGAACGCAGAAAUCAGAGAGAUUAACAGAGUCUACAGUGAAGAGCUGAAAAGAGAUCUAGCUAAAGACAUCACCUCAGAUACAUCUGGAGAAUUUCGGAAGGCCCUGCUUGCUCUUGCCAAGGGUGACCGUUGUGAGGAUUUGGGUGUCAAUCAAGAUUUGGCUGAUACAGAUGCCAGGGCUUUGUAUGAAGCUGGAGAAAGACGAAAGGGGACAGAUGUGAACGUUUUCACUACAAUUCUGACCACUAGAAGCUAUCCUCAUCUUCGCAAAGUGUUUCAGAAUUACAGAAAGUACAGUCAACAUGACAUGAACAAAGUUCUGGAUCUGGAACUAAAGGGUGACAUUGAGAAGUGCCUCACAGCCAUUGUGAAGUGUGCCACCAGCACGUCAGCCUUCUUUGCUGAGAAACUUUACGAAGCCAUGAAGGGUGCUGGAACUCGCCAUAAGACAUUGAUCAGGAUUAUGGUCUCCCGUUCAGAAAUCGACAUGAAUACUAUCAAAGCGUUCUACCAGAAGAAGUAUGGAAUCCCUCUUUGCCAAGCCAUCCUGGAUGAAACCAAAGGAGACUAUGAAAAAAUCCUGGUGGCUCUGUGUGAAGGAAACUAGGCAUCCUCGUUGCUCUGAAGCAUGCUGAUAAGAACAACUCUUAGCUGCUGUUUUCCUUCUAUUACAUGGGCUUAAGUAGGAGAGUUGGCUGAGCAGAUAAGUCUAUUUUACCUGCUUUGAAUAAUAUAAACUAUAAAUAAGUUUUACAUCAUACCUUUGUACAAUAGAGAAUACUUGUUUUGUUAAUUAUGUUUAUCCCAAAUUAUAAAUCCCUGUAAGCAAGCCACUUUGAUAACAUUCCUGAGAGAGAAGUUUAUGUGGACUAAAAUAAAACAAUUUUAUAAGAGAA